GUAAGUUGUUACUGGACCCAGAUGAGCAUGUCUGGAGGAGGUGAUUCCCGACGACAGCACUAGAAUCUCGGAAAGGAUUUCCCAGACGCACGCACGCACGCACGCACGCAGCCAACCAUGGCGGCCUCUGAUCCCAACAAGUUGAUCGCCAAAGCUGAUAAGCUAACAAGACUCAGUCUCACGAGGUGGAAUGCAGAUUGGAGAAAUGCUACUGUUCUUUAUGAGCAGGCUGCGAAUGGAUUUAGACUUGCCAAGGACUAUGAGAAAGCCAAAAUUGCAUUUGAGAAAGCUUCAAAAGGACAAGAGAUGCUUUCUUCACCUUGGGAUGCAGCUAAGCACAUGGAAUCUGCCGCUGCCCUGGCCAAGGAACUGAGCAACUGGAGAGAAGCUGCGGACUUCUAUAGAAAGGCAUCUGAGUUGUACAUGGAAUGUGACAGACCACAACCUGCAUCUGAUGCUCUUGGAAAGGGAGCCCGUGCUUUGGAAGAUGCCAUGCCUGAAGAAGCUGUUCAGCUAUAUGCAGAUGCUUGUACAAUUCUUGAAGAGGAUGGAAAGGAACAGAUGACCUUUGAUCUAUAUCGCGCUGCCAGUAGUGUUUAUAUAAAACUUGAGAAAUAUACAGACGCCGCAUCUGUCAUGUUGAAUUUGGGCUUGGCAGCUGACAAGUGUAAUGCUACCAACAGUCAGUGCAAGGCAUACCUUGGUGCGAUUAUUAUCUACCUUUAUGCUCAUGACUUUAAGCAAGCACAGAAAUGCUAUAAUGAUUGCUCUCAGAUUGAUGCUUUUCUCAGCAGUGAUCAGAGUCGUUGUGCUAGCAAGUUUCUUGCUGCCUACACUGACGGAGACGUUGAAGAAAUCAAGCGCAUUGCUCAGUCAAGCGCUGUGUCCCAUCUUGACCAUGUAAUCAUUAAGCUUGCAAGGAAACUUCCGACAGGUGAUGUGAGUGGAUUUAAGACUGCCACUGCUGAAGAUGAUGAGCAGCUGGACGAAGAUGACCUGACUUAACUUCUAAUAGUGUUUUUCUAUCAAUUUGUUUAUUCAUAGCAGUGAUAAAGAACCCAUAUCAACUUGACGAGUGAAUUGAUUGAUCAGUAUAUAUUGGCUUUUGUGUAAAAACAUUUCCGGAUAUAUGUAUACAUGUGUAAUGCAGGCAAACGAGAGGAGUGUUAUUUUUUUGAUCCAUAUGAAAUGUAUGUCUUAGAGCAUGUUUGUUCUAAGGUAUGUA